GACGCUUGCGGCGGGCGCAGACUCCUGAAGGGCGUCACACGCGGACUCCGGCGCCUGGGCAACCUCCAUUCAUCUUCCCACCGCGUCUCCGGCGCCCUCGCCUUCUCCGGUCCCUUCCUCAGAGUCGGUUUUUCCCGUCUCUCCUCUGCCGCCCUUUCCUCGCGCCUUGGGCGUCGGCCAUGAGCUGGAACCCCCUUCGGUGAAUCUCCGUGGAGGAAGUCGGCGGCGAGCCGCCGCGCCCCCGGCAUGGGGGUGAACGCCGUGCACUGGUUCCGAAAGGGGCUCCGGCUCCACGACAACCCCGCCCUGAAGGAGUGCAUUCAGGGCGCCGACACCAUCCGCUGCGUCUACAUCCUCGACCCCUGGUUCGCCGGCUCCUCCAACGUGGGCAUCAACAGGUGGCGAUUUUUGCUUCAGUGUCUUGAGGAUCUCGAUGCCAAUCUUCGAAAAUUAAACUCUCGCCUGUUUGUGAUUCGUGGACAACCAGCAGAUGUGUUCCCCAGGCUUUUCAAGGAAUGGAACAUUACUAAACUUUCAAUAGAGUAUGAUUCUGAGCCCUUUGGAAAGGAACGAGAUGCAGCCAUUAAGAAACUGGCUACUGAAGCUGGAGUAGAAGUCAUUGUACGGAUUUCACAUACGUUAUAUGACCUAGACAAGAUCAUAGAACUCAAUGGUGGACAACCACCUCUAACUUACAAAAGAUUCCAGACUCUCAUCAGCAAAAUGGAACCGUUAGAGAUACCAGUAGAGACUAUUACUUCUGAAGUCAUAGAAAAGUGCACAACUCCUCUGUCUGAUGACCAUGAUGAAAAAUUUGGAGUCCCCUCACUGGAAGAACUAGGUUUUGAUACAGAUGGCUUAUCCUCUGCAGUGUGGCCAGGUGGAGAAACUGAAGCACUUACACGUUUGGAAAGGCAUUUGGAAAGAAAAGCUUGGGUGGCAAAUUUUGAAAGACCUCGAAUGAAUUCAAAUUCCCUGCUUGCAAGCCCUACUGGACUCAGCCCUUAUCUCCGAUUUGGUUGUUUGUCAUGUCGACUAUUUUACUUCAAACUAACAGAUCUCUACAAAAAGGUGAAGAAAAACAGUUCCCCUCCUCUUUCUCUUUACGGGCAACUGUUAUGGCGUGAAUUUUUCUAUACAGCAGCAACAAAUAAUCCACGCUUUGAUAAAAUGGAAGGAAACCCCAUCUGUGUUCAGAUUCCUUGGGAUAAGAAUCCUGAGGCUUUAGCCAAAUGGGCAGAAGGCCGGACAGGCUUCCCAUGGAUUGAUGCCAUCAUGACACAGCUUCGGCAGGAAGGCUGGAUUCACCAUUUAGCCAGACAUGCAGUUGCUUGCUUCCUGACACGAGGUGACCUUUGGAUUAGCUGGGAAGAAGGAAUGAAGGUGUUUGAAGAAUUGUUGCUUGAUGCUGAUUGGAGCAUCAAUGCUGGAAGUUGGAUGUGGCUGUCUUGUAGUUCCUUUUUCCAACAGUUUUUUCACUGCUAUUGCCCUGUUGGUUUUGGUAGGAGGACAGAUCCCAAUGGAGACUAUAUCAGGCGUUAUUUGCCUGUCCUAAGAGGCUUUCCUGCAAAGUAUAUCUAUGAUCCCUGGAAUGCACCAGAAGGCGUCCAGAAGGUAGCCAAAUGUCUAAUAGGAGUUAAUUAUCCUAAACCAAUGGUGAACCAUGCUGAAGCAAGCCGUUUGAAUAUUGAAAGGAUGAAACAGAUAUAUCAACAGCUUUCUCGAUAUAGAGGACUAGGUCUUCUUGCAUCGGUACCAUCUAAUCCUAAUGGGAAUGGAGGCCUCAUGGGGUAUUCCCCUGGAGACAACACCCCAGGUUGUAGCAGCAGUGGAAGUUGCUCUCAAGGGAGUGGUAUUUUACAUUAUGCUCAUGGAGACAGUCAACAAACUCACCUCUUAAAGCAAGGAAGAAGCUCCAUGGGCCCUGGUCUCAGCAGUGGGAAACGUCCUAGUCAGGAGGAAGAUACUCAGAGUAUUGGUCCUAAAGUCCAGAGACAGAGCACUAACUAGAAAACAUUCAGGAGGAAUACUGUUGCAGCUGAAAUUGGUGGGGAGUUUGAUAUUUUUCAAUUAAAUUAUUUUAAAAUAUUCUUCAUUGAUGGAAAGCAGUUACAUUUCGAAGUGCAUUGUUUCUAAUGACAUUUCUGUGGUUUUUAACUUUUUAAUGAAUUUCACAUAGGGCAAAUGGUAAUUUGUAUAUAAAGAACUUGGCAAAAAAAUUUGCUUCAUGUAAAUAUAAAUAUCACAAUUAGUAUAGACCUAUCAAUAUAUUUUUGAUAAUUUUUCAUGUAUGGAAAAAGUUAAAGUCGCAAACUGAUAUUCUGAUAUAAAACCCAAAGUUUUGAGAGUCAUUGUGGGAAAAUAGGUUUUUAGACUUUCUUAAAAGACUUCAGUAACAUUUUAGGACAAAAUUUUCUUGAAAUUUGAUCUACCUUUGCAUUCUGUGAUAAUGUUUUAGAAAAUGUGUGUAAUCAAAAUUGCUAGUCGUAGUCUCUGUUAACACCAAUGAUACAUGUUUUAAAGGUUAAUGUAUACCCAAACGUGUGCAAGUAUCAUGUGUUAAGUACGCUUCGUCUCCCUUUCUUUGUUCAUUUAUAGCUAAAGUGAACUUGUUAUUAAAGUGUAUGCAAAUAUGGAA